AAUGAAUCUGUAGCACCUGAGAUGUUUCUAUUGCCCAAUGAUACAUUUUCUGUAAUGGGGAAGAGGUUUAGGUAUGAAAAUUCAUCUCUUGAGCCAGAGAUUAUCCGAGAAGCUAAGCUGAAGAAUAUCGAGCGUUUAAAGAGAUUAAAACGAAUUACAGUGCUGGAACGUAACUUAUUAACACCCCAACCAGAAAAACCGAAAAUUUUGAAGGCUCGUCGAUCAGCAAGUCUGGAUGCCAAGAGGACCCAAUCGCCGGAGGAUAAAACCCGGAAAGCAUUAGCGGAUGAUGGUUGUAAUAUCCAAUGGUUAAAAACUUCGACACCACAAACUCCGCAUCCGACGAAAACUACUAGGUUGCGUUGUGUCGACGGAUUUACGGUUAGCACGCCGAGAAGUGCAAUCCGACCGAGUCUGCGCCACUCUGCAAUCUUCAAGAAUCUCUCUCAGAUGUCCUACGUCGAACCAGAAGGUUGUGAAAGUUCCUCGUCUACCGUUGAUCGAGAAGAGGCACUCAAAACGCCUGUGACGGAAAUGAUUACCAAGGAUGAUGAAGAUCUUUUAACUACGCCGUUAAACAACACUUCAGUGAUAACUGUUGAUUCACCAAUUGAGGAAGAUGUGACACCGCUGCGUAGUCGCAAAUCCAAAGCAAAGGAUAUAUCUAUCCAACGUCUCACUCAGAAUGAUGAGAGUGUUGUUGUUCUGGACACGCCUGAGUCGAAAACGCCUAAAACUGCACUGAAGACGCCAAUGAGCGUUCAUAAAACUAAUUUGCUUGUUGGAUAUUCCGCUAUUGAAAGUAACGUUGCAAGUGUCAUAGAUUCAUCAGCAGAUGAAUGCUCAGCGCCAGAAACUGAUUCUGAAAGCAAUGAGUUGCAACCAAGCAAAAAGUCAAAUAGGUCUUUUAUUGAGGAGCCUAAUUCAAGCGCCGGGAGUCCAAUCUCUUCUACUCCGGCAGGUAAUAAAUCUACGAAGAACUUAGAAGAGUCUUUCAAACAGACUAGCACAGAGGAUGUUGAUGAAGAAUCCAGUUCUGUGUUGGAUACGACCACAACUAGUGGGUCUGAUUUGGUAAUUGGCGGGAAACGCAAGCGACAUUCAAAUACUUCAACUGAGGAGGCUUCUAGAAAGCGAUUGAAAGUCGUUACAGAUACAACUUUGCCUGAAAUGAAUUCAUUCACUUCACAAGAUUUGUCAAGCGAUAACGAUUUAGAAGCUUUAGCAGGAGAAGAUUCCGAAAUGCUUGCAAGUCCAGCUGUUAAUUUGUUGGCAAGAAAAGCAAUGACAGAACCCAAACAAACGAAACGUACUAUCACAAGGCGUUCGUUAUCGGACAGAAUUUCUAAUCAAGAAAAUGAACCAGAGUCGAAUAAUACCACGUGUGAGACAGUGGAUACGUCAUCAUUUCUCUAUGUCAAGAACAACGUUUCUUUUGAAAAAGCUGAUUUCGAUUCACCAGUGGUCGAGUCUGCAAAGAAAUUGCCGAAGGAACCACUCAAUGAUUUAACUGAUGUUGGCGGUGUGAAAAAAUUGAUGCAAACACCACGAGUAUCUAAAGAUGCUGUGAUCGAAGGCGCAAGUCUUACUGGUGUCAAACGUUUAAUGAAGACACCCAAGGUACAGAAAGAUACGGAUGAUGUGAGCAUGUCGGGUGUUAAAUCAUUGAUGAAAACUCCAGUAUCCAAAAGUACCGUAGUUGAAGAAGAGAAUGCUGAGAGUAGUGUUACCAGUGUGUUUAAUAUGUCUGGCGUGAGUGCGCUGGAUCACGAUGAGGAUGACAUCUUCCCGAUUAUGAAAGUAACACGAACAUAUGGACGGUCUCUUCCGGCAAAAUCCAAGGCUAAUUCGAAGAUCGCCAGUAGGAAAACUGAGGGAUAUUUGGUAGAUGUUGAUCCUGAAGUUGAGAAAUGGGUGGAGCAUUCGGUUGAACAUUUAUCCAAUGAAAAUAUCGAUAAGGAUGUAGAGGAUUUAGUGGAAGAGCCUGAAGCUGAAGUUGCUGUUAAGUCUACACGAAAGUCUAAACGUGUGACAAUGAACAUCCCAGCAGAAAAUGAAGACGUGGAAACAAUUGACUCUACAGCGACUGUUAAAAGGAAGGGCGGACGUUCUUUACCAGCGAAGACCGCGCCUAAAGCUAACAGAAAGGCACGUAAAACCGAGGGUGUGCUACAUGCCGACACUAUCACGGUUCAGUGGAAGAAAGAAGAUGAAACAAAUGAAGAAGAUGAACCAGAAACAUCGAUAACCGAUAAAAAUAAUUCUAUUGAAGAAGAAAAUGUUGAAGAGUCAACGGUGGAAGAUGCUGUUGAUGAAGAACCGAAGAUAGUCGCAAGGAAAAGUAGUAGAAAGUCAGUGGUUCCAUCCGAGGAAAAGGAGGAAGGUGGAAGUGAUGAAGACAUGCCAGAAGAUCCCGAUGUUACUUCUGAAAGCAACAUUGAAAAUGCUCUUAAUAACAGCGAAGUGCUUGAACAUGAUACAUCUGUAGAAGAAGUUGUUGUGGAAGUACCUGUGGCUGUUUCCAGGAAGAGCUCAAGGAAAUCUUUAGCUGCGGUUCAAUCUGAGGACAAGGAGGAACUUUCAAAUGAUGUUGAUAUGAUUGAAGAACCAAUUGUUUCUAGCAGAAAGAGUACAAGGAAAACCCCAAGCAGACUCAGAAAAUCCGAAAUUGAUAAUUCUGCGAAUGAUGUGGUGUCAAGGAAGAGUUCCAGAAAGUCUAUGGCAAAAGUUGAUUCCAAUGAGAUGGAAGAUGAUAUUAUUUACGAAGAAGUUGAGGAACCUAUUGUGACAUCUACCAAGAGUUCAAAGAAAUCAAUACUCGCUCCAGAAGCUAUUGAAGAUAUGACCACAAAUGAUGCUGAAGAACAAGAGGAGAAUUCAGAGAAUGAAUCUACUCCUGAAGAACUAGCAGUUUCUGCAAGAAAAAUUGUGCGGAAAACUCUGAAUAAAUCUGAAAUGUCUGUGAAUGAAGUGGUUUCAAGGAAGAGUACUAAAAAGUCCCUGGCUAAUGAAGAAUUGAAUGAUGCAGAUGAUGAUAUUUUCGAGGUUGAAGACGUUGAACCCGCUGUAUCGUCUAGAAAGAGUUCAAGUUCAAGAAAAUCUGUCAAGGCUAUUGAUGCUGCUAACAAUGAUUCUUCAAUUGUUAUCGAAUCCGAUGAAGAGCAAACAGUAGAAGAUGUGCCAGAAGUAGAAGAAGUUGUCGUUUCAAGGAAGAGUAUGAGGAAAACACUUAACAAGCUUGAAACACCCAAACAAAGUAAAUCAAAUGAUGAAGCUGUAACAAGAAAAAGUUUUAGAAAGUCAAUGGCUAAGGUCGUCUCCACUGAGGCUGAGACUGAGGUAAAUGAUAUUAACAAUGAAGAAGUGAUUGAAGAAGCACCAGCUGAAUCUUCUGAAGAGAGUGAGAAAGAUUUACCAUCAGAACAUGAUGAAUCAAUGAAUGAAGUUGUUUCAAGGAAAAGUGUUAGAAAAUCUGUUGCUAACGCUGAAUCUAUUGAUGUCGAUGAUGUUGUUGAUGAAGAAUCAUCAACAUCCGAAGAACCAGUAGUUUCUUCAAGGAAGAGUGUGAGGAAAACACUUAACAAAAUUGAAACACCUAAGCAAAGUAAAUCAAAUGAUGAAGGUGUAUCAAGAAAAAGUGUUAGAAAGUCAAUGGCUAAGAUCGCCUCCGCUGACACUGAGGUAAAUGAUGAUAUUAACAGUGAAGAAGUGAUUGAAGAGGCACCAAUUGAUUCUUCUGAAGAGAGUGAAAAAGAUUUACCAUCUGAACAUGAUGAAUCAACGAAUGAAGUUGUUUCAAGGAAAAGUGUUAGAAAAUCUAUUGCUAACGUUGAAUCUAUUGAUGUAGAUGAUGUUGUUGCUGAUGAGCUAUCAACAUCCGAAGAACCAAUUGUUUCUUCAAGGAAAAGUGUGAGGAAAACACUAAACAAGCCUGAUACAUCUGUUGCUGUGGUCACUCUCAACGAUACAAAUGAUGAUAUUUCUGAUGACGAUUUGAUUGAUGACUCGGUUGUGUCUUCUGCUGAAAAUAAGAGGAAAACUCUCAAUAAAUCAGUAACAUCUCAACAAGAUACGUCUUUGAAUGAAGUUAUUGAAUCAUCCGAAGAUGAAGCAACUCAACAUGAUGAAUUUUUAGAUGAGAAGAUUGUGGAAGAAUCAACUGCUUCAAGGAAAAGUUCUAGGAAGUCAUUGGCUAAGGAAGAUUCCAAUGACCAGGAGGAGGAGGAAACUUCAAAUGAAGAAGAUAUUCCUAAAGAAAUUGUCGUUUCAAGGAAAAGUGUGAGGAAAACAUUCAACAAAGUUGACUCAACUGAAGAAAAUGAAGCCGAACCAAGAAAAAGUAUCCGAAAGUCCAUGGGUAAAGGAGUAACUAUUGAGAAUGAAGAUGGUGAUAGUUCAGUAGUCACAACUGCUUCAUCUAGGAAGAGUGUGAGGAAAACAAUUAGCAAACCUGAAUCUUCAGAACAAGAAGACACUCCACAGGAAGUUCUAUCAAGAAAAAGCAUCCGUAAAUCUUUGGCCAAAACAAAUUCACUACCAGCUGAUGAAUCCAAUGACCUACAACCUGAAAUCAGUGAAUCUGACGAUUCUCUUCAAGAUCCACCUUCAAGGAAGAGCUCUGCAAGGAAAACACUUACAAAUGGUGAAUCUGAAAAGACUGGUGAAGUACUUUCUAGAAAGAGCAGUAGGAAAUCAACUCAAGAAUAUGUUACACGUAGGAGCGCAAUAAAAUCAGCAGAGAUUGUUCAAGAUUUAAGCAUUGAGAUAUCUGAUAAUGAAGAUGAAGAUACAGCAACACCCGAUGCCGAUGAUAAUCAGUCUACUGACAAAACAGUUUCGUCAUCAAGGAAAUCUUUAAAAUCAAGAAAAUCCGAUGUACAUGAAAUUAAAACUCCCAAAAUGGUUGUUGAUGCUAACGAUGGCGCAUCUGCUUCAAAGAGGAAAUCGAAGGCAAGCAUAGCUGAAGAUAUUACACCGAAAUUAACGAAGAAGGUGAAUGCAACGCCAAACAUGGAAGAUAAUGUAUUUAAAACGCCGCAGCUGUUACCGAAAACACCAGCCAGAUCAGUUAAAAAGUCUGAGAAAAAGGCUAGCAUGGUGGAAAUGGAAUCGAACGAAUCUGAUACAAAUCAAGCUGAAUCUGAGGUAGUAGUUAAAAAGUCAAAACGAAAUCAAAAGGAACCUAAGAAUGAUUUAACCAGCCCCAAGGGUUUGAAAAGGUUGCUUGCCACACCCAAAGUAAUGAAAGGUCCUAAGAACGAUUUGAGCGAUCCGAAGGGUGUUAAACAACUGCUAGCUACGCCUAAGGUAACAAAAGAACCUAAGAAUGAUUUGACCAGUCCAAAAGGUUUGAAAAAAUUGCUUAAGACACCAAAACAACAGAAGCAACCUAAAAACGAUUUGUCUAAUCCCCAAGGAUUGAAACAGUUGUGGGCAACGCCUAAAAUUACCAAGGGUCCUAAAAAUGAUCUCUCUAAUGUGGAGGGAGUUGCUGAAUUAAUGGCUUCUCCUGAAGAAACCAAGCCUACACGCAAAUCAAAACGUGAUGUAGAAAAUGAUGAGGAUAUUGAAGAACAAGUUCAAUCAUCAAAGAAGGGUAGAUCUACACGAACAACCAGAAAGAAGGUUGCUGAAGUUGAUACACCUGCUACUGCAACAGCAGAUGAAGAAGUUUCCGCGAAAAAGAGCAAGCGUAGUCGCAGAAAUGCUAAAUCUGAAGAUGUUGCACCAGUGGAAGAAGUGGAAGAAACUCCAAAACAGAGCACACGAACGAGAAGGGGAGCUAAAAAUACUUCUGAAGCCAAGAAAACAACUAGCACUCGAAAACGUCGGGCGGAAUCUACCUCUGAAACUGAAUCUGUUGCAGACCCUGAGCCUGAACAGGAAGUAGUGACAGAAAUCAAGUCUACUACUCGUGGUCGUCGGGGUAAGGCUGCUCAGAAGGAAGUUGCCGAGACGGACACUGAACCGGAACCUGCUAAGAAAGUAAAAGCUACUACCAGAAGCCGUAGAGGUAAGGCAGUUGAAAAGGAAGUUGUGGAAAGUGAAAAUGAAUCUGAAACUGUAGAGGAAUCUGAACCUGUUAAAGCAGUUCCUGUUAGUGCAAAGGGUCGUAAGGGUAAAGGAAAAGCAUCGAAAGAUGACGAAACUAAAGAUGAAUCUGUUGAUGAACCGGAGCCUGUUAAAGAAGUGAAAACUACAAGAAGUAAAAGAGGUCAGAAAACAUCACCAUCCAUUGAGGAAACCAAAAACGAAUCUGAUGACGAUGGGCCGGAGCCCGUUAAAAAGGUAAAAACUACUACUAGAAGUAAAAGGGGACAGAAAACAUCACCAUCCAUUGAGGAAACCAAAAACGAAUCUGAUGCAGAUGAGCCGGAACCCGCCAAAGAAGUGAAAGCAACUACCAGAACUAGAAGGGGUCAGAAAACUACAACAUCCGUAGAUGAAUCAGUUGAGGAGGUCAAAGCAACUAGCAGAAGUCGUCGGGGAAAAGCAGCCAACAAAAAAGAAGAAUCUACAGAAGAAGUAGAAGCAGUGUCUGAAAAUGAACCAGAGAUCGAGGUUAAAACAACCAGUCGACGUGGCCGUAAAGUUACUGCUAAAAAAGAUGUAGAUGAAGAAGAAGAAUCUACACCUGCAAAGGUUGUUAAAAAAGCAACGAAAAGUCAAAAGAAAAGUAAGGAAGCAGAAGCUGAUACCUCAGCGGAAGUACAAGAGAAACCUGUGCGGGGCAGCCGGACUCGCAAAGCAACCGAAACAAAAGAAGAUGACGAGUCAUCAGUUGUCCCUGAAGAAUCUGCAAAGAAAACAAAAGCACCUCGACGUGGAAAACAGAAAAUCCCAGACGUAGUAAUAGAAGCAGCCACACCGGUCAAACGUCGUCGUGGAGCGAAGACAGAAACCACUGAAGAAACAUCACCCCAAGUUGAAGAAGAACCCACUAAGAAAUCAUCAACAAAACGAACAUCUCCCGCUGAAACAAAAGCAGCAACACCUGUGAAACGUAGCAAACGAGGCAAAGUUGAAUCUACACCAACUUCAGGAGAGGAAGAAGUUGUACAAAUUAAAACCAGACAAGUGAAGGGUGUCAAAACUACCACUGUUAAGGUGAGCAAGAAGGUAGGGUUUGCUGCUGAUAGUAAAACUAUGACACUGACCCCCGAACCACGAUAUUCUAAGCGCAGACUUAGAUCCGAAGACGAACUGAACACUUCUGAUUCAAUUCCAAUGAAGAAGGCGCGAGCUCGCAACUAAACCUAUCGAUUAUACCUACAUUUUAAUUUUAAAUUCACCUUGUUUUAAGUGUGUUUAUUGCCGUAAAGGUCUAGAGUUUUUAAUAAGAUGAUUAUUUUAUUCUACUUAACUACGUACAAACAAAACCGAACUAAUGGAAUAGAAAAUAAUUUCGGAAGAGAAAGUUACACAUUUUAACAUGUUUAUUACAAGUCUGUGUAUUUUUCGAUUCUACAUAUAUUUUAGCAUUGUUAGCGAACAUUUAAAUAAAUAAAACAAGUAAAUCAUCA